AUGUCGUCACAGUUCAGGAAGUCGAAUAGUCAUAAUAAAAAACUGGAUCCCCAGGUGAAGUUUAAGUUGGAGACUCUUACAGAACUUUUCCCCGAUUGGACCAAUGAUGAUUUAAUCGACUUGGUUAAUGAAUAUGAUGACUUAGAGACUAUAAUUGAUAAGAUUACAUCUGGUGCAGUAACCAGGUGGGACGAAGUGAAAAAACCAUCGAAGAAGGAGAGGCUCGAAAAGAAACAGGAGCAACAACAACAACAACAACAACAACAACAACAACAACAACAACAGUCGCCACUAGAGCAGGAUACGGCUGCUUCGCAUCACCAUCAUCAUCAUACAAAGGCUGGUUCCGGUGCUACCAGGAGUAAUGCUAGGAGUAGAAGACAGCAACAUGGUAGACAUAAUGACGCAAAUGAAAGUGGUAAACCUAAUGCAGCAGUGGCGGCUGCCACUGCUGCGGUAAACCGUGGGAAAUCUGGUAGUAACGGGUCCGGUACUUGGGCUAACGUAGCAUCUUGGGAUGACAACAAGAAACCAGAGGAAACAAAACAGGAAGAACCUAAAGAGGAACCGGUGGAAUCAACGAAGCCUACUGCCACUGCUACUGCUACUACUACUGCUACUACUGCUACUACUGCUACUGGUGUGGAGACUCAGAAACCAAAGAAAAUGUCAUGGGCAGCCAUAGCUACUCCAAAGCCUAAAGUGGUGAAGAAAUCUUCGCCCGUAGAGGAUGUUAGUUCUUUGAAGAGGGAAGUGGAAGCACUGGAAGAGGAAGCUAGUGAAGAAUCAGUACCAGUAAACGUUCAAGAUGAGCCUGAACAGGAGGCAGAAAAAGAUGGAGAAGAACAAGAAGAGCCUGUACAGGAGCAAGAAGAAGAACCAGUGGAAGAAGUACAAGAAGAAGAAAAUGAGACCAUUCCUGAAGAGACUGGCACUGAAUCUAUACCAACUAGUGCUCCAGAAGCCCCAGUGCAGGAAGAACAACCAGUGGAGAAACAAGAAGUUCAAAAUCAGGGUGGCCUUGAUACUAAGGAACAAGAAGACGCUUACUACCAACAACAACAACAAUACUUAGCUCAACAACAGCAAUACGCUCAGAAGCAGACUCCUCAACAAGCCGCACAAAACCUAUCUCAACAACCACAACAACAAACUCAACAACCACAACAACAGAGUGGUGCUAAUGCUGCUCAACGUCAAUACUACAUGUACCAAAAUCAAUUCCCAGGUUACUCUUACCCAGGUAUGUUUGAUUCUCAAAGUUACUACGGUCAACAACAACAGCAGCAACAGCAACAGCAACAGCAACAGCAACCAUAUGGUCAACAACCAACUCAAAGUUCGAGUCAAGCUGGUGUCACUGGCGCUGGUGCUUCCCAAUAUACCGUGCCUCAAGGUUAUGGUCAAGUGGGUAACCCUGAGAUUACGAGCGUAGGUACUGGUGCCGCUUCACCAGCUACAUCACACGCUCAACCACAACAAGGUCAACCACAAUACGGCGGCUCUUUCAUGCCAUACUAUGCACAUUUCUACCAACAAUCUUUCCCAUACGCUCAACCUCAAUACGGAAUGGCUGGUCAAUACCCUUACCAAGUUCCAAAGGCCGGUUACAAUUAUUACCAGCCACAACAGCAGGGUCAAGAAAGACAACAGUCGCAACAAAGCCCAGGUCAAUCUCCAUCUCAGCAGACUGAAGAUAUUCAACAACAGGCACAAGCAUCACAACAAAAUGGUCAAGCAUCCCAAAAUUCUCAAAGUGGGCAACAGCCAAUGAACCCUCAACAAGUACAAUUCCAACAGUACUAUCAGUUCCAACAACAGCAGCAGGCUGCCGCCGCUGCUGCUGCUGCUGCUGCUGCCCAACAGGGUCUACCUUACGGUUACAAUGGUUACGACUACACAUCUCAAGCUUCAAGAGGAUUCUAUUAA